UUUGAGCAACCUGAUCAAGUGGAAGCUGUCCCUGCCUAUGGCACGGGGGAGUGGAACAAGAUGAUCUUUAAAGGUCAGAAACCUUUAAAGGUUUAUGUUGACUAUAUGUAUGGACUAAAAACUUUGCAUAUAACCUCUUUUGGUGGGGAAGUAGGUUAUCUUUCCUUUGGGUCAGUAUAGUGGGUCACAUGAUUGGUUGCGAUCUCAAGGAGUAAAUUGGUGAAAAUUCUAUGGGAAAGAUACUUCUUAAAAACUGCAUCAUGUAGACAUCUCCUUAAAACUCAAGUUUACUAUUACCAGUAGCAGGCAGAGUAGUAGUCUACUAUCAAGUGUCCUGCUGUUUCUCCAGGAGGUAUCCCUGAAAAGCACAGUGGUUACUGAUAUUUCAGAGAGCAAAGGAUUUUUUCUGCACAAGAAUUAAUGUAUUGGAAGUGGUGAUGCAUGAAGGGACGUAAGAAUUUAAAUAUACAAGGAAAGUAUAUAUGGUGUGAAGGAUGGAGAGGUGGGAACAGGCUCAUCAACUGGGGGAGAGGCUGGCUUUUUGGAGUGGAUAGCUGGUGUAAAUCUUUUAGUGUGAGCUUUCUUCCUGCCUUGUUGAGAAUGCUUAUGUUGUUUUCGUUACUCCUGUCAUCUCGCUCCUGAACAAAGAUCAGGAUGUCAAACAAGGAAAAGAUGAAGAAAAGGGGUAAUGGUCAGGCAUUCAGCCUCAUAGGUGAAGAUGCUGGCUUCUCUCUGGAUGAUGAUUCCGUCUGGAAAGACAGCAUCUCCUCCAUUUCAUGUGUUAUCUGUCAUCCUGUUCUUGGUCUUCUAUGACAAAUACAGCGAAUUUAAAUAAAUCAGGACAGUGUGUAUUGUCUGACCUGCAUAUAUUUCCUUCUGUUCCAUUAAUUCUUACACCCAAAAAUGCUUUGCUUUUUGUCAUAAUCGGUCAACUGCUGUGUGGGACAAAUGAACUUAUGGCUGAAGAUCAGAAGUAAGGCCAACCAGCAAGAAUGGAAAGGCAAGUCUCUGCUACAGAGCACCAAGUCAGGAAGAAGAGGUGGAUGAAGCCUUCUUUAAACAACUGGAAGAAGCCUUCUGUUCACACAUCCUGGUUCUGUUCACAUGUCCUGGUUCUCAUGGGGGAAUUUUACCACCUAAUACCUCCUAGGGAGGCAAUGUGGCAGAGCCCAAGGAAUUGAGGAUUUUUCUGGAGAGCUUGUAGGAUGGUUUCUUUCAUGCAAGUGCCCCCAACUAGGGAAAAUGUGUUGCUGGUUCUGCUACUCAUGAAUAUGGAAGAAGAUGGAUGGCAGCCUGGGCUGCAGUGACAGUGCAUGAUGAAAUUGAAGAUCCUGAAAUCAAGGAAGGCGAGUUUCAGAUUAAAACAUGGAAGUAAUGAAGCCUUUAAUUGAUGAACAAAAUUCAGAUGCCAUCUCAGAUGAAGAGCAUGAAAAUAAUUUCCUGCCAGUUGAGAAGCACUACCAGCUUGAUAAUGAAGAAGGCAUUACGUUUAUACAAACACUUACGCACCUCCUCAAGGGAAACAUUGGAACUGGACUUCUUGGUCUUCCACUUGCAAUAAAAAAUGCUGGCAUUGUGAUUGGACCAAUCAGCCUUGUGUUCAUAGGAGUUAUAUCUGUUCAUUGUAUGCACAUCUUGGUACGUUGCAGCCACUGUCUAUGUCAGAGGAUGAAAAAAUCCUCACUGGGGUAUAGCGAUACAGUUAGUUAUGCCAUGGAAGUGGGGCCCCUGACGGCUCUUCAGAAACGAGCUUCUUGGGGACGGUAUAUUGUCGACUUCUUCCUAGUGAUAACACAGCUGGGAUUUUGUAGUGUUUAUGUUGUGUUCUUGGCAGAAAAUGUGAAACAAGUCCAUGAAGGAUUCUUGGAAAACAAGACUACUCCCAUAAAUGUCAGUACCACCAGCAGUUCUUCUGAGAAAAGGAGUACUGAUUUACGCAUAUAUAUGCUGUGUUUCCUGCCAUUCAUGAUCCUCCUGGUCUUUAUUCGUGACCUUAAGAGCCUGUCCUUUCUUUCAUUGCUUGCCAAUCUGUCCAUGGCUGUCAGCCUGGUGAUCAUUUACCAGUAUAUUGUUAGAGAUAUAGUAGAUCCUCGAAAACUGCCUCCUGUGGUUGGCUGGAAGAAAUAUCCACUGUUUUUUGGGACUGCAAUAUUUGCUUUUGAAGGAAUUGGUGUGGUACUCCCAUUGGAAAACAGAAUGAAGGACACCACACGUUUCCCACAGGCACUGAACAUUGGCAUGGGAAUAGUCAUGACCUUGUAUAUCUCAUUAGCCACUCUAGGGUAUCUGCGCUUUGGGGAUGAAAUCAAAGGCAGCAUAACUUUAAACCUGCCACAAGAUAUAUGGUUGUAUCAAUCUGUAAAAAUUCUGUACUCCUUUGGGAUUUUUGUGACCUAUUCAAUUCAGUACUACGUCCCUGCGGAGAUUCUUAUCCCAGCUGUCACCUCCAAAGUGGAGCAGAAGUGGAAGUUACUCAGUGAGCUUGUGGCGAGAGCACUGUUAGUCUGCUCAACCUGUGCUGUAGCAGUUUUGAUCCCUCGACUAGACCUGGUGAUUUCUUUCGUCGGAGCUGUCAGCAGCAGCACUCUGGCACUAAUCCUGCCACCUCUGGUUGAAAUCCUCACUUUCUAUAAGGAAAACUUAAGUUUAUGGACAGUAUUUAAAGACGUUUUUAUAGCUGUCAUUGGAGUUGUUGGAUUUUUAACAGGGACGUAUGUGACGGUUGAAGAAAUUAUUUAUCCUGCAUCCACAGUUCUAGCUAAUGCAACAGAGAGCAUCUCUGCAGAUUUAAAUGCUACAAAAUUAAUGAAUGGUUUAAAGUAAUAACCAGGCACUAUGAACUAUUUUGUUCUUAGCAAGAAAUUCUAGAUGGGUGGCAGACCAACGUGUGGGACAAAUUCCAAUGGAUUUUAAAUGAAUUUUUGAAAAAUAGCAUGCAGCCCUUUAUUACUCUGCUGUUUGUUCUUUCCUUCAUUCCUUUCCAUCUGCUACCUGAAUUAACCCCUUUGCUCUCAACCUCUGCUCAUCUAGUGAAAAACUGAAUUGACAUCAGGAUUUAAAAUAUAUACAUGAAUAUAGGAAGGAAAUAUGAUUUUAGGUUAUUUGUGAGAAAAAAAGAAUAAUUUUUAUAAGGAAGUCAAGAUGCCUUUCUCCUCAGAAAAGGUGGAAGUCACUCCAUUUAUCAUAUCCAGGCAGCAAGUCUAGGCACUACUGUUUUCACUCCAGCUCUGUUGUAAGGGUUGGAGUGGGAGCUCAGUGGUGCAUAGACCUUCUCUUGGCUGUCUCUGACAGGGUGAAUUGCACUCCAGUGAACCAGAGACACCUUAGUUUUAAAAAAUCGCAACUGUGUUUUUCAUUUCCAUUCUGGGGACUUAGAUAUUUGUCGUGGAGAAGUUUUUGGGUAGUUGCAGUUGCCUGACUCUGAUUCCUGGGAGUUGGUAUGUCUGGAAUCAGUGCACUGUGCAGAAUGACUGUGACUCUUGUUCAGUUUUUUCACAUUGGCUCCAAGGGAAGUUUUUCAAGCAAUUGGAAGGACCAAGCCUUCCCUGGUUAGUAUAGCAGACCACUGCUGGUGGUGGGUUACAACAGUAAGCAUAAAGGCAUUUUUUCAUGCUGACCAUCUUAACAUUUAAGCAGAAGAAUGGACAAGACUGUAAGGUAAGUUUUAGAGGUAUAGGCUGGAUCUUUUAUUACACCAAAAGUCAACCAGUUAGGAGUAUUCUUGCCAUCUUACAUGAUCUGUUACUAUAUGUUCCUGUACCAUGAGCUGCUCAGCAUGGCCAGACCCCUGCUCCAGGGAAAUGGCAACUGUGAUGCUCAGUAGAGCCACAGAACUCUGACCGUCCAGAGCAGCUUAAAGAUACACGACGUUAAUUUCUGUGUGAGAAACGAAAGGAUGAGACACUACUUUCUAGAAUGGAGCUUGUGCCAUACUUUCACAUGUAUAAGCUGUGGGUUAUUUGUGAAAGAUCUUGUGAUUCCACAGCACUGUGAGCUGGGGAGGGCACUGAGGAUGUCUGUUUUGAAGCCCUUUCUUCCUCCAGUGCACCACCUGCCUGCAGGUUGUCUGAAGAAGUGACUCAGGACUUGCUUUCAACUACUGGUACUUUGUAGAGAGGUAUAGUUUGAGAGACAUAGGGUAUACAUGUGAAAAUACAGUAUUCUUUUAGAAAGUAAUUAUAUAUCCCUUUUGGAUUUUGAAUGAAAAGUUACAGGAUGUUGUUCAUCAGAGCAAUAUUACUUUUAUGAUGCAAAACCAUUCAACACCACAAAUGAUAAGCAGUUUAUUUUUGUACAUUUUGGUAACUGCUGUCCUGACCCAUUUUUUACAUCAUUUCUUUAUCCUUGAUUUCAACUGUACAAAUGUAUGAAAUACUGUAUUUUUUUUUUUACCUAUUGCUAGAAGUCUGUAGACUGCCUAUCUAUAUUUCUAUUGGAACAUAAAAUAAUUACUUUUGCAUUCUUAUGUUCUGCCUUAAAUAGGAUCUAACAUGCCCUUUACUGAUUUUUGCUUCUUUUGUCUAUUUUGGAAGAAAAAAAGAACAAGUUGAUAAGUUGGUAAUUGGGUAGAAAUUAGUUCUGUUCAGCAAGCCUGCGCAUUGAGUCCCCAGCCGGAAUCCUGAUUUUCAGGGUUCGUAUUUGACUUUUUGGCUCACACUUCAUAGGUGACUUUCACUCCAAAUGAUAAAGCUUUAUUUUUGUUCUUGUUUUCUAAAAACACUCUAUAUUUUGUACAAUAAUAGAACUGUAUUUAUCAUACUCAUUCCUGUUAUGAAGAAACUCCUUUUUCUAAGGAAUAUUUUUAAUGAUAAUAUUCCCUGAAGAAAUAUGGUAUGCCAAACCUCUCUACUGUAUUCAUACAAAUUAAGAUAGAAAUAUAUAUAAUAUUUUGCUUGCCUUCAGUAUAUUCUUCAGAAAUCUACCAUUUGGUAAUCUACCAUUUGGUAUUACAGUGCUAGAGUAAUAUACUGCUAGAUAUAUCUGUAUUUGUAUUGUCUUUUCAGAAUACUUCCCUAGUCAUCUACCACAUGGUGACUGUAUUUGAGCACUUUCAUCUCCAUGUUGAUGAGGGCAUUUCUGAUAGGGAUUUGUUAUAGCAUGUAGUUCAAACUGCAUGUAUUAGUUCAAGCAAUAGUUCUGAGUAAUGUUCUUAUUUUCAUUUUAGUGUGGACAAAGUUAAAUACUUGGCAGGCACUUUAAAGGGAUGAGUCCCUGCAGGUAUGAUACUAUAGAAUUAACCUUUCAUAUAAAAGUGCCACAGAGGCGCAAACACAGGUAGUUAGCGGAGAGGCAAAAGGUAACUUCAGCUUUUUGUCUUAAAGGUUUUUUAGUCUUUAGGCUGUUUUAAAAGACAUUGAAUCUAAGUAUUUCCAUCUGUUUCGUAAUCAAUCUGUUGUUUACCUAAACCAUAUGCUACACACCGAUAGAAUAUAUUUCUGUGUAGCAUAUUUUACUUGACAUAAAAUACUUCUACAUGGAACAUUUUUAGUAGGACUGUUAGGAUUUAAAUGAAAGUUAUUUUUUGUGUUAGUUUUGCAUCUUUCUACCCAUGUGUGUUUGGAGAAUAAAGGACUGUCAAGUCCAUUCAUAUCAUCUGUUCUGCAUCAAUUGCGUCCUAGUGAGCAGCCCUGCCAGCUUCUGCCAUGGUGCAGAAGGACUUGACCAGUUCAGGUUUUGGUGGCGACUUUUGGCCGGUGCAAGUGAAUACUGACAUGGAACUAUCAAUGAAGAUUUGCUGAGCUGGGUACCUAGAACCUAAGUAGGUGGCCUUGGUACCCAGAUGAAUGCUUCGUAUCUUUUUGAAAGUCAGGUGACUUGUUUAGAAGCUUGAUAGGUUUGAGGAAACUAAUCUUAGCCAUCAAACUUUGGAUAACCUGGCCCAAAUACAAACCCUUACAUGUCUUACUGCCGUGUCUGACCGGGGAGCAGCCUGUCAAGGAGCAGGUUUUCAGACCGAUGUAUUGCCACUGACUGACCAGGUAUGAAGUAAUGUGUUUAUGCAGUGGGCCAGUGUUGCCGUGUCUAACAAUGUUGUAUCUUUUGAAUCUUUAAAAUGUUAAUUAAUAUAUUUUGCACAAUGUUGAUUUUCUCCUACAGUGUAGGAUUUUUGUUAUUUUAACACUCAUACAAUGCAUUUCUGUGGCUUGCUCUUUCAAAUAGAAAGAGUCAGGAAUCAGAGUAUUGUGCUUUGGAUAAGAUUAAAAUGUCACGUAGUAAACAACUACUAAGUCUGAAUAAUAAGAGUGUUCCUAUGAAACAUUGCCAAAGAUUUAAAAGAUAGGAAAUUCUGACAGAAACCUCUUCUGAAUAAUAAGAGUGUUCAUUCAGCUUUUAAAGUACUGUAAUAUAAGUUGCAAGUUAAGAUGCAGGGAGUGAAACCGAGAGAUUUAAUAGGUGUGGUUUACAUUAAUAUAUAUUUAAGAUGGAAAUGUACUUUAGCGCAAGCUAAAUUAAACUGAAAAAUGUAUGUGACUGGCUUAUGUUCCUGACAAGGAACAGAAAGCUAUUGUAUUUAUAUACUGUACCUGCACUUAUAUUUUACAAUAUAAUAUUGUUAAUGGUUGUAAUGUAAUUUAAUCAUUAGCUGCACUGUAAGUAACGGGAUCAUUUUCUUGUCUGUAGCUGUUCAUCCUCAAAUAUUGGGCAAGUAAGAGGGUGGGUUUGCCUAAUGUUCUGUAACUUAAAUCUUCUGUAUCAAUAAAGACUACAAUAAUAUUA